UUUUUUAAAGAUAUUUGUCAUUUUAGCGUUUAUUUUACUUUAAAAAUUUUUAAAAAUUUUAUUUUAGAGUCAAUGUCUUCAUCAGAACUGCCCCCUUUACCUCCUCUCUAUUCUUUACCUCCACUACAACAACCACCUUCCCUUUAUGGUGGAUCUUCAGCUAAGCCAAGUCCAGUCCCAACAGCUUUUGCUUCUGUUGGUGCCUUUGAUCAUUCUUUUGAAUCCAGCUCUCGUUCUGAUUUCAUGUCCGCAAGUGGUGGACCUGCUAGCACUGAUCAAAGAGCUGGAAGACAAACAACAAAUAUUAGAGAAAUUCCAAUCCAAAGAUCGGCUUCAGCCUUUGCACCUUCUAUUGGGGGAAUUAUGGGGAGUGGUGCUAGACCGACACCGGCUGCCGCAGCACCACCACCUACCCACAAUGAAUAUUACAGAAGAGAGGUAUUAACUCGAACAUUGGUUACACGCUCUACAGAAGCUUUGAGUGCACCUCCACCUUUAAGUCGUUCACCGCCAGUUGCACCAACACUGCCUCCUACACGGCCCUUAAAUGUUGAUCUGCCUCCUAGAGAUCAGCUUUCUGAGGAAUAUUGGGUUCGAUAUUCUCGAAACAUUGAAGAAGAAGAACGCCGACUACGCUCUGAACAGGAACAUCGCCGCCGAGCAGAGGAAGAACGUCGCCUUCGUGUAGAAGAACAACGCCGCCGCCUUGAACAACAAGAACAAGAAUUGGUCGAAAAAUUGCGGAGAGAAAGGGAACAAUUGGGGAAAACAUUGGAAGCCCAAAUGCUUGACAGGGAACGCGCUGAACGUGACAGAAUACAUCAAGAUCGGUUGGAAAGAGAAGCUGCUGAACGUCGACGUAGAGAGGAAUGGGAUCGUAUUGAACGCGAGAGGCGAGCUUAUGAGGAAGCCGAAUUGGAGAAACGACGGGAAUUGGAACGAAUAGAACGUGAAAGGCUCGAAAGAGAACGUUUAGAAGCUGAACGUUUGGAACGCGAAAGAUUGGAAAGGCAGAAACAAGAAUUGGAAAGAAUUGAAAAACAACGAUUGGAACAGGAAAGGAUAGAAAGGGAGAGGUUGGAAAUUGAACGGCUUGAGAUUGAACGUAUAGAACGUAUAAAACGUGAAAAACGUGAACAAGAUGAACGAGAAAAAGAAAGGCAAAGACAAGAAGCUGCCAGAUUACAAAAAGUGCGAGAAGAGUUGGAAAAAGCUGAACGUGAACGUUUAGAAUUGGAAAGACAAGCUAAGGAAUUAUAUGAACGUGAACAACGUGAAGAAGCUGAAAGGCAAAGAGAACGGGAAAGGGAAGCACAAAAAGAAGCUCAGAGAAGGGAAGAGGAAAGAUUGGCACGUGAACGGCUUGAACGUGCUGAGAGGGAGGCUAUGGAAAGGGAAAUUGCUCGAAGGGCUAGGGAACGUGCUGAACAGGAAAGAUUGGAAAUGUUGAGAAAGGAAAAGGAAAGGAUUGAGCAAGAACAAAUGGAAGCUGAAAAAAGGGAGAGGGAACGAUUGGAACAAGAAAGGAGAGAAAGGGAAAUGAUUGAAGCCGCAAUACUUGCCCGCGAACGUAGAGACCAAGAACGUCGAGAAGAGAGAGAUAGGGAACGCCAACGCCAAGAGGAGGAACGACUUGAACAAGAGCGGAGACAACGGGAGCGUGUUGAGGCUCAACAGCGUGAAAGGGAGAGGCAGAUGCAGGAACAACAAGAACGCGAUCGGCUAGCACAAUUAGAAGCUCAAGCAGCUGAAAGGCGUGCACAUCGAGCACUAGAGGAGCGUCAACAACGUGAACGUUUAGAAAUUGAACGACGCGCAGAAGAAUUGAAGGAGUUUGAGAGAUUGGAACAAGAAAAGAGAGAACGUGAAAGAGCAGCAGAAGAAGUAAGACUUGCAGAAUUGCGAGAUCAAGAACAAAGAAUGGCAGCUGAACGUGAAAGGGAAAGACGAGAAGCUCAAGAACGUGAAGAGAGGAGACAGAGAGAAGGUUGGCGUAGCCGAGAGAUGCUUGAACAACUUGCACGUGAGAGGGAUGAGAAGGCUGCUUGGGAAGCUGAGAGAAGACGAUUAUUGGAGGAACAUGAAAUACAAGAACGUAAACGACAAGGACUAACAUCCAAAGAAACUUUGGAGAGAUUGACACGUAAACCUUACUAUUCUCGUGAAAAUUUGGCUGAUUAUCCCGAUUUGACUACUAAGGUUGAACGUCAAGUCAUUGAACGUGUUGAUCGAACUCUUUGGACAGAUACAACAGAUACACGUCCAGCUUCUCAUAAUGGAUUAACACCUCUCUAUUAUGGCGGUCCAGGCAGCAAUGGAAUGCCCCCACCUCUUUAUGGGGGAGAUUUGGGUGGUCAACAGCCACCACUCACAGAAGGAGAAGAAUAUACGGGUGGUGGAGGAAGGGAGCCUUCUCGUUUAUAUCAAUCUAGAGCAGAUGAACAAGAUUGGCUAAGACGUGGGGCAUCUAGUAGAACGAGUAAAUAUAGGCAAAGAAUGGAAAGGGCGAGGAAAGAAUUUAUUACUGGAACUCCAAGUGAAUAUCCUCCUUCAAGUUAUGACCCAUUGCUAGACCGUUAUCGAAAAUCUACUGAAGAUUUACUUUAUGGCCGUCGACCCCCUUCAGAAUAUCGAGGUCCUUUACUUCAACGCUUCAACAGCGGAGAGUUUUCUCAUCCUCCUGAACCAACUAUUGGACUUGCAAGUGGUUUGGGUCGAAGUCCUUACGAGCAGGAAUUUCAACGUUUGUUGGAGAAAGCUCGUCGUUCUCUGGCACAUUAUUAUCGUCUUAAAAGGCCUCCUUCAUAUUGGAGUCACACGGGUUUAGAUAUUACUGAAUUAAAUGAAGGAUUUGCCCUAGAGGAGGAUUUUCAUCGUUCAAAGUCUGUAUUAGACUCCUACAGUCCUACCUCUCGAGGGCGUCUAAGCCGAAGGGAAUAUACCGAACAGGAAUCAACACAUACACGAAGCAAAUCUGCCGAUUAUUUGAUGGAUCCAAGACGGUGAGAUUUGUUAUAUUUUGAUUAACGCUUCCACUUAUCCCAUAUUUUUGGUCAUCAGAACCAGUUUCACAACCUUAGCCUAAGGCACACUUAGGAUUUAGGAUAUCUGGAAGACUGGGAUGACUUAGAGAUUAAGUCGAAUUUGAUUUUGAACAUACUACAAAUAACUCCCAGUUAUCCCACCCAUUUGAUAUCGCAUCGCUACAACUCCACUAUCCUUAUUAUCUUAG